GUAGCCGCCAUGAAGCGGGACGUGCGCAUCUUGCUCCUGGGCGAGGCCCAGGUGGGAAAGACGUCGCUGAUCCUGUCGCUCGUGGGCGAGGAGUUCCCCGUGGAGGUCCCUCCCCGCGCCGAGGAGAUCACCAUUCCCGCAGACGUCACCCCGGAGAAGGUGCCCACCCACAUCGUGGACUACUCAGAAGCCGAGCAGACGGCCGAGGAGCUCCAGGACGAGAUUCACAAGGCAAACGUGGUGUGUAUGGUGUACGACGUGUCUGAGGAGGCCACCAUUGAGAAGAUACGAACCAAGUGGAUCCCACUGGUGAAUGGGGAGACUGAGAGGGGCCCCAGAGUCCCCAUCAUCCUGGUGGGCAACAAGUCGGACCUGCGGCCGGGGAGCUCGAUGGAGGCUGUGCUGCCCAUCAUGAGCCAGUUCCCUGAGAUCGAGACGUGCGUGGAGUGCUCUGCCAAGAACCUGAGGAACAUCUCGGAGCUGUUCUACUACGCGCAGAAAGCAGUGCUGCACCCCACGGCCCCGCUCUACGACCCCGAGGCCAAGCAGCUGAGGCCCGCGUGUGCCCAGGCCCUCACGCGCAUCUUCAGGCUCUCAGACCAGGAUCUAGACCAGGCGCUCAGUGACGAGGAGCUCAACGCUUUCCAGAAAUCCUGCUUUGGGCACCCACUGGCUCCUCAGGCCCUGGAGGAUGUGAAGAUGGUGGUGUGCAAGAACGUGGCAGGAGGUGUGCGGGAUGACCGGCUGACCCUGGACGGCUUUCUUUUCUUGAACACACUGUUUAUCCAACGUGGCCGCCACGAGACCACAUGGACCAUCCUGCGACGCUUCGGCUAUGGAGACACACUGGAGUUGACCCCUGACUACCUUGACCCACCGCUCCACGUGCCCCCAGGCUGCAGCACCGAGCUCAACCACUUUGGCUACCAGUUUGUGCAGAGAGUGUUUGAGAAGCAUGACCAGGACCGUGAUGGCUGCCUCUCGCCUGCAGAGCUGGAGAGCUUCUUCAGCGUGUUCCCCACUGCCCCCUGGGGCCCCCAGCUGCCUCUCGAGGUGUGCACCAAGGCUGGCCGGCUGUCUCUGCAUGGGUACCUCUGCCAGUGGACUCUGGUGACCUACUUGGACGUCCGGCGCUGUCUUGAGCACCUUGGUUACUUGGGCUACCCGACCCUCUGCGAGCAGGACUCCCAAGCCCAUGCCAUCACAGUCACUCGUGAGAAGAGGCUGGACCAGGAGAAGGGGCAGACGCAGAGGAACGUUCUCCUGUGCAAGGUGGUGGGAGCCUGCGGAGUGGGCAAGUCUGCCUUCCUGCAGGCCUUUCUCGGCCCAAGCUUUAGGCGCCUCCCCGCUCUGCACCAGGAUGCCGGGGAGUUCGCCGAGGAGCAUGCCGUCUAUGCCAUCAACACGGUGCAGGUCAACGGGCAGGAGAAGUACCUGAUACUGUGCGAGGCGAGUGCAGACAGCCUGCUGGCCACGGCACCCGAUGCCACCUGUGAUGUGGCCUGCUUGAUGUUCGAUGGCAGCGACCCCGGGUCCUUUGCGCUGUGCGCUGACGUCUACAAGCGCCACUACAUGGACGGGCAGACCCCCUGCCUCUUUGUCUCCUCCAAGGCAGACCUGCCCGAAGGCAUCUCGCCACCCGGGAUGUCGCCCACGGAGUUCUGCCGCAGACACCGGCUGCCUGCCCCUGCCCCCUUCUCGUGUGUUGGCCCGGCCAGGCUCAGCACUGCUGUGUUCACCCGGCUCGCCGCCAUGGCCACUUGCCCACACCUGGCCCCUGGCGAGCUGCCCACCACCUCCUUCUGGCUGCGAGUGACGCUGGGGGUUGUUGGAGUCGCCGUCACCGCCGUCCUCAGCCUCUCACUCUUCCGGACCCUGCUGAAGAGCCGAUGA